AUGCGGCGGAUAUACCUUGCAGAUUCUCGAGACCUUUUUCACCGUAGAGAUCUGCGGAAGGAAACUCAAGCACAGCCUUUUUCAGGCCUCCCUGACUCUACUGGCGAUGGUUUUUCUAAGCAUCCCAAGGGAGCGUCUACUUCUUCCAAUACUCAGUUAACGCAACUCGAUGAAGCUACCCUAUUGUCUAUGUGCAAUCCAAUAAUGGCCUCUCCUGUCUUCGAUCCUUCUCGCCACGGCACUGAUGUCUACGAGCCUCUUGUCAACUCUCUUGCUGAACUUGUUAUAGAGCUCGGCAAUGAAACAGCCGUGUCUCUUCUUCUACACUUUCCCACACUAAUCAAUGGGGUUAUCCGCCAACUAGCUUCUCCAGAUCGAACCAUAAGACUCCACUGCCUCCAAUGUAUCAACUGUUUGGCAGCUAAUGGCAGCUCUCUUUCUACUCUUUUUAAUUGCAAUAUUCUCCCUGUGCUGAAGCUACUCCUGGAUCAAGUGGCUUCUGAUGAAGUAUUAGAUGAAGAUUUGCUGGGUGCAAUUCUUCUCUGUUUGCAGUUCCUUUUUGAUGUUAAGGACGAAGCGUUGUUUUUCACUGCCAUAGAAACCGGCUUUAUUGCUACAUUUCACGGAAUUUUGAUCAAGCCCGCCUUCCCCAUGCGGAUUAAACACCACGUGAUUUAUGCUGUGGGUAACUUAGCACAGCAUAUUGAAACGGACGAGUGCCACCAGCUCCUUCUUCCAAUCAUCCCUGCCGUUAUUGACGUGAUGUACUCGACAACUGUGUCCGUUAUUUUUGAUGAUUGCUGCUGGAUCUAUCACUUUAUCACAUCCUCGUACAAUCUACCAACCGUUGCAUCUAUCCGCACACACCUUCUUGAGCAAGGAGUUGCUAAUCAUGUCAUUAAUUAUUUGUACAAGCUUCCCUUAGCAAGCUGUAGACCGGGGUUAUACUUCCUUCGUAACCUUACAUACGAUGAGCAGACGGCCUUGGCCAUUCAUCAUGCUAACUCACGGUUCGUGCCGUUUUUGUUCAAUAGUGUGCUUGUUUCUAACCUAAAGGUUCGCGAGAUAAUCUACAAUAUUCUUCAAUCUUUGUCAUUGGUAGAUCUUAUGUUAUCAGUCCUUAUGGGGCAUAAUUUGCGAAAAGUGAUCAUGCAAGGGUUGUGCACUAGCUCUACAAAGAUUGUCCACAGUUCUAUUCUUAUAUGGGGAAGACUCUCACAGUCACCGCUGGUGUCACUAGAUUACGAUGUUGACGAAAUACGUGCUCUCGACCACGGGUUGCGGAUGUCGUUGCGCACAUCUCAGGAUAGAACACUUUUAGCCGGCCUUCACCUAAUCCGCUGUCUCAUUGAAGAAAGCGAUGGAUUGAUAACUGAGCAUUUCAUAGGCCUAGAUACAUUAACUAUCAUACAUGAUUUGACAUGUUCUCCAAACAUCGAGCUCUCAGAGAUGGCAAACCAGCUUCUUGCCGACUACUUUCCAUCUGAACCGCCUUGA